AUGGGUCUUAUGUUUUUCAAGAAGUUCAGCCUCCUCUUUCUCCUCAUUUUUGGAUCACUUUUAUCAACAUCUUUUGCAGGUAGACGAUCCAAGUUUAUCCGGAACAUCGCAAGAGAUAUGAAUGCAAUCCAAGAGGGAACACCAAGGAAGCCACUGAAUAAGGAAGAAGUAAGAACUAUCCACGAGAGGCUUCUUAGAGCUAACACAAAAGAUUAUGGACGAUAUGAUCCAUCGCCAUCUCUUUCUAAGCCUCCUUUCAAGCUCAUACCCAAUUAA